AUGGAGUUAUGUUUGAAUAGAAAGUUGUUGCCGCUUGUGCAACAGGAAUUGCCCAUUAGGAAUUGGUUUUGUUGCAUGGAUUGCAGUAGGAUUCAUUCUGCUUUGCAAAACCUAUUAGUUAGUGGAGAAGAAAAGUUGCCAGAAUCUUUGCUAGAUGUUGUUAAGAAGAAGAUUGAGGAGAGAGGUAUCAAGUGUACUACUGAUCUUGAUAUAAGAUGGAGGCUUCUUAGUGGGAAGAUGGUUUCUAAAGAAACUAGACCGUUACUUUCAAAGGCUGUUUCGAUCUUUCAUGAACGGGUUGACCCAAUAGAAGUUUCAAGCACUGCCAGCAUUGAUCUUAUUCCGAAAAUGGUUUACGGGAGAAACGUGAGAGAUCAAGAAUUUGGGGGGAUAUAUUGUGCAAUAUUGUUAGUCAACUCAACCAUUGUGUCUACUAGGAUUAUUCGGAUUUUCGGAGAGGAAGUAGCGGAACUUCCUUUGGUUGCAACAAGUAUUGAUUUUCAAGGACAGGAGAAACGUGAGAGAUCAAGAAUUUGGGGGAUAUAUUGUGCAAUAUUCUCAACCAUUGUGUUCUCAGGAUUAUUCGAUUUCGGAGAGGAAGUAGCGGAACUUCCUUUGGUUGCAACAAGUAUUGAUUUUCAAGACAGGUUUGGUGGAAGGGUUACAUAUCUUCUGAUUGUGAGAAAUUAUUACAGUUUUUGCAGGGCUAUUUCCAGAUUUGGUUUCAGUAAGAUUUCCGAAGAUGAGCUGAUAAAAUACCGGAAACAAUUUUAUCAGAUGAUAGUAUUUGAAGCAACAUCGAUACUUCAGAAGCCAGUUUGUGUUCUUAAGUCUGAAAGUUGA